AUGAAUUCAUUCACCGCCACCUUUGCCGGUCUCUUCUUAGUCUAUGCAACAGUGAUUACAACUGUUUACUGUGUGGAUCUUCGUGGAGUUUCCGUUACAGACGAAGAACGUAUUGCAUUAACACGUGAUCAUUUCCGCCGCGAAGAUCCUGAUGCGUUGCUUAACGGUUUCUUUCCAGUUUGGGCUGCUAUUCAAUUUUUAAUUGCAUGUUUCUUCUUUGUCGUCGCUGUUCUCAGCUUCGUAUGUUACAUACUGGGUUGUAAAACGCCAGUAGAAGAGCGAAACAAACGAGCAAAAUAA